AUGCCACGCGGACGUCGUAGGCGGGAAGCUACACCCCCAAGGGUGCUUAGGAAUAGGAGGCCGCAGGUGCAGGAGCCAGCCGCACCGCAGCGGCACGAACGCCGGAAUCUACGUGGACAGGGGCCACAGGUGCUGGAGCCAGCCGCACCACAACGGCAGGAACGCCGGAACCCUCGUAUACAGGGGCCGCAGGUGCAGGAGCCAGCCGCACCACAGCAGGAAGAACCACAACGACAGGAGGCGCUUGAGGGAAGCCCAAGAGCCCAGGGGGACAGACGGAGUACAGGCCGUGGCCAGAAGCGGACACAUGAGACGUUAGAGGAGGACGCUUUGGAUGACAGAGUCAGGCAGUCGAACUCUGAUGUAUGGGUCCUUGGGGACUCAAUCCCCUACUGGGCUGGUGUCCGAGCGAGGGAAACGGGAAAAGAACACCUUCGUCUCAAUGGACUGACGGUAGAGUGGCUAGGUGUGAGAGGCCUUCACUGGAGCGAAUUGAGAAACCAAAUAGAAGCAAAGGUUCUGUUUUCUUCUCCCCCGUCUAUUAUUAUUUUACAUUUAGGGGGGAACGACAUUACGUCGUCUACCACCGUACAAAUCAAAAUUAUCAUACGUGAGGAAAUAACCUAUUUACGUGAAGCCUUCCCUGAAGCAACACUUAUAUGGGUAGAUAUAUUACCUAGGCGCACAUGGAGGGGGGCUACAAAUCUUAAAACCAUUGAGAAAAAACUACUCAGAUUAAACAGGUUAGGGCGGCAGCUGGUCCUCUCUUCUGGAAAGGCAGACAUUGUGAAACCAGAUAUUGAUACAGAAACAAAUUUUUUCGAGGGGACGGUGUCCACCUUAAUGAUGUAG